AAAAACCUUAAUUGGAAAGCAUGGAAAACGAAAUAUUCACACCUCUUUUGGACCUCUUCAUGUCCAGUCCUCUUGUUACCUGGGUUAAAACAUUUGGACCCUUAGCUGGAGGAAAUGGAACCAACUUGGAGGAAUAUGUUGCACUUGUGGAUGGAAUUUUCUUGAAUGAAGUCAUGCUGCAAAUCAACCCCAAAGCUACCAGUCAGAGAGUAAAUAAGAAAGUCAACAAUGAUGCAUCAAUUAGAAUUCAAAAUUUGUCUGUUUUGGUGAGGCAAGUUAAAUCAUACUAUCAGGAGACUUUGCAGCAGUUGAUUAUGAUGCCUUUGCCAAAUGUCUUAAUAAUUGGCAAAAACCCCUUUUCAGAACAAGGUACUGAAGAAGUAAAAAAGCUACUUCUGCUUCUGCUUGGCUGUGCAGUUCAGUGUCAGAAGAAAGAAGAAUUCAUUGAAAGAAUCCAAACCUUAGACUUUGAUAUAAGAGCAGCUGUUGCUGCCCACAUACAAGAGGUGACACACAAUCAGGAAAAUGUUUUUGAUCUGCAGUGGAUGGAAGAUGGUGCUCUGUCACAAGAGUAUGUUGAGCCCCUCUUAAAGAAUAUGGCAUUGCAUUUAAAAAGACUUAUAGAUGAGCGAGAUGAGCAUUCUGAGACUAUCAUAGAACUCUCUGAAGAACGAGAUUCUCUUCAUUUUCUACCUCAUGCAUCAGCAGCACAAUCACCUUCUGGAUCUCCAGGCAUGAAACGUACUGAAAGCAGACAGCAUUUAUCAGUGGAGCUAGCAGAUGCCAAAGCAAAGAUCAGAAGACUUAGACAAGAGCUUGAGGAAAAGACUGAACAGUUGCUGGAUUGUAAGCAAGAAUUGGAACAGAUUGAAGCUGAAUUAAAGAGACUACAGCAAGAGAAUAUGAAUUUGCUUUCGGAUGCACGUUCUGCCAGAGUAUAUCGAGAUGAGCUGGAUGCUCUCAGAGAGAAGGCAAUCCGUGUUGACAAGCUUGAAAGUGAAGUCAGCAGAUACAAAGAGAGGCUGCAUGAUAUUGAAUUCUACAAGGCUAGAGUGGAGGAACUCAAAGAAGAUAAUCAAGUAUUGUUGGAAACAAAGACAAUGUUGGAAGAUCAGUUGGAGGGAACUCGGGCUCGUUCAGAUAAAUUGCAUGAAUUGGAGAAGGAAAAUCUACAAUUAAAAGCUAAACUACAUGAUAUGGAGAUGGAACGUGAUAUGGAUCGGAAGAAAAUUGAGGAACUUAUGGAGGAAAACAUGACUCUAGAAAUGGCUCAGAAGCAAAGUAUGGAUGAGUCACUGCAUCUUGGAUGGGAACUUGAACAAAUAAACAGAUCUACUGAACUCUCUGAAGUGCCACAAAAAUCACUUGGUCAUGAAGUGAAUGAACUGGCAUCGAGUAGAUUACUGAAACUUGAAAUGGAAAACCAAAGCUUGCUAAAGACUGUGGAAGAGCUACAACGUACAGCGGGAUCUGCAGAAGGCAGUAAUACGAAACUUCUGAAAAUGGAAAAGGAAAACCAAAGACUAAGUAAAAAGUUGGAAGGACUUGAGAAUGAACUUAGUGAAGAGAAGCAGACUCUUCAGAACAGUCAGAAUCUAAGCAGAGAUCUGAUGAAAGAGAAAGCACAACUUGAAAAGACAAUUGAAACUUUGCGAGAAAACUCGGAGAGGCAGAUAAAAAUGUUGGAACAGGAGAAUGAGCAUUUGAAUCAAACAGUGACUUCCCUUAGACAGCGCUCGCAAAUCAGUGCUGAAGCAAGGGUGAAAGAUAUUGAAAAGGAAAAUAAAAUUCUCCAUGAGUCUAUCAAAGAGACAAGCAGUAAAUUAAAUAAGAUAGAAUUUGAAAAGAAGCAAAUUAAAAAAGAAUUGGAGCAGUAUAAAGAAAAGGGAGAAAGGGCAGAUGAGCUGGAGAAAGAAGUUCAACAUCUUGAAAAAGAAAAUGAGCUGUUGCAGAAAAAGAUUACUAACCUAAAGAUAACUUGUGAAAAAAUAGAUGCUUUAGAGCAAGAAAACUCCAAUCUGGAUAUGGAAAAUAGAAAGCUGAAAAAGACUUUAGAUAGCCUGAAAAACCUCAGCUUUCAGCUAGAGUCCUUAGAGAAAGAGAAUACACAACUUGAUGAAGAGAAUUUAGAACUCAGAAGAACAGUUGAAUCUUUGAAGAGUAUAAACAUCAAGAUGGCUCAGUUACAAUUAGAAAACAAAGAACUGGAAAGUGAAAAAGAACAGCUUCAGAAGAGCUUGGAGCUUAUGAAAACAUCUUUUAAAAAGACUGAACGGUUAGAAGUCAGUUACCAAGGUUUGGAUACAGAAAACCAAAGGCUACAGAAAGCCCUAGAAAACAGCAACAAAAAGAUUCAGCAUUUAGAAAGUGAACUGCAAGAUCUAGAGACAGAAAAUCAAACCCUACAAAAAAACUUGGAAGAGCUCAAAAUUUCUAGUAAACGCUUGGAACAACUAGAGAAAGAGAACAAGCUUUUGGAACAAGAAACCACUCAACUGGAGAAAGAUAAGAAGCAACUGGAGAAAGAGAACAAAAGACUACGACAACAAGCAGAUAUUAAAGACAGCACUUUAGAAGAAAACAAUGUAAAAAUCUGUAACCUGGAAAAAGAGAACAAGUCAUUAAUUAAGGAAAUUGGUAUAUGUAAAGAAGCUUCCAUUCGGCUAAAAGAACUUGAAAAAGAGAAUAAAGAACUUGUAAAGAGAGCCACCAUAGACAAGAAAACACUUGUCACAUUGCGAGAGGAUUUGGUGAAUGAAAAGUUGAAGACGCAGCAGAUGAAUAAUGAUUUAGAAAAGCUUACUCAUGAACUUGAAAAGAUUGGUUUAAAUAAGGAGCGCCUCUUGCAUGAUGAGCAGAGUAGUGAUGACAGCAAAUAUAAACUGUUGGAGUCAAGGUUAGAAUCCACAUUGAAGAAAUCGCUUGAAAUAAAAGAAGAAAAAAUUGCUGCUUUGGAAGCUCGGUUAGAAGAGUCAACAAAUUUAAACCAACAGCUGCGCCAGGAGCUUAAAACAGUUAAAAAGAAUUAUGAAGCCCUCAAACAAAGACAAGAGGAGGAGAAAAUGGUACAAAAUUGUUCUCCAAGAACUGGAGAAGAAAGUCAGUCUAUUAAUAAAUGGGAGAGAGAGAGUCAGGAAACUACUAGAGAACUUUUGAAGGUUAAAGAUAGACUAAUUGAAGUUGAGAGAAAUAAUGCAACGCUGCAGGCAGAGAAGCAAGCCUUGAAAACACAACUAAAGCAACUUGAGACCCAAAACAAUAAUCUGCAAGCUCAGAUUUUGGCACUUCAGAGACAGACAGUUUCCUUACAAGAACAAAAUACAACCCUACAAACUCAGAACGCCAAGCUUCAGGUAGAAAAUUCUGCUAUUAAUUCACAAAGUACAUCUCUUAUGAAUCAGAAUGCACAGCUGCUGAUUCAGCAGUCUUCCUUAGAAAAUGAAAAUGAAUCUAUAGUUAAGGAACGGGAAGAUUUGAGAUCACUCUAUGAUUCACUAGUCAAAGAUCACGAAAAGCUGGAACAGCUUCAUGAACGGCAAGCUGCAGAAUAUGAAUCUUUAAUUUCCAAACAUGGAAACCUUAAGUCAAUGCACAAAAAUCUUGAAAUGGAACAUAAGGACUUAGAAGACAGAUAUAAUCAGCUAUUGAAACAAAAAGUGCAGUUAGAAGAAUUGGAGAAAGUUCUCAAAGCAGAACAAGAGAAGAUGGUACAGCAGAACAAAAAGCAUGAAACUGUAGCUGCAGAAUACAAAAAGCUUUGUGAGGAAAAUGACAGACUAAAUCAUACAUACAUCCAGCUUUUGAAAGAGAAUGAAGUUCUUCAAAUGGAUCAUAAGAACUUGAAAACACUUCUAAACAAUUCUAAACUAGAACAAACGAGAUUAGAAGCUGAAUUUUCCAAACUUAAGGAACAGUACCAACAACUGGACAUUAAGCAUACAAAACUGAAUAAUCAGUGUGAGUUGCUUAGCCAGCUAAAAGGAAAUUUGGAGGAAGAAAACAGGCAUCUAUUGGAUCAAAUACAAACAUUAAUGCUACAAAAUAGAACUUUAUUGGAGCAGAAUAUGGAAAGCAAAGAUCUUUUCCAUGUUGAACAGAGACAGUAUAUUGACAAGCUAAAUGAAUUAAGAAGACAAAAAGAGAAAUUGGAAGAAAAAAUUAUGGAUCAGUAUAAGUUUUAUGAACCAUCACCACCAAGAAGGAGGGGUAAUUGGAUUACUCUGAAAAUGAGGAAGUUGAUAAAAUCUAAGAAGGAUGUUAACAGAGAACGUCUCAAGUCUCUUACUCUGACACCUACCCGCUCAGAAUCUAGUGAAGGAUUUCUUCAACUACCCCAUCAGGACAGUCAAGAUAGUUCUUCGGUGGGCUCAAACUCACUUGAAGAUGGUCAGACUGUGGGGACCAAAAAAAGCAGCAUGGUUGCACUGAAAAGGCUGCCCUUUUUGAGGAACAGACCGAAGGAAAAAGACAAAAUGAAGGCCUUCUACCGUCGCUCCAUGUCCAUGAAUGACCUGAUGCAGUCCAUGGUCCUAGCAGGAGGACAAUGGACAGGUAGUUCUGAGCAUCUGGAGGGUCCUGAUGAUAUAUCUGCGGGUAAAAGGAGAAAAGAAUUGGGAUCUAUGGCCUUCUCUACUACAUCCAUCAACUUUGCAACUGUCAACUCUGCUGCAGGCUUGAGAUCCAAGCAGUUGCUUAAUAAUAAAGAUGCUACAUCUUUCGAAGAUGUAAGUCCACAAGGAAUUAGCGAUGAUUCUAGUACUGGAUCAAGAAUUCAUGCUUCCAGACCAGCCAGCCUUGAUAGUGGCAGAACAUCCACUAGCAAUAGCAAUAAUAAUGCCUCACUCCAUGAAGUCAAAGCAGGUGCAGUUAAUAAUCAAAGCAGGCCGCAAAGCCACAGCAGCGGAGAAUUUAGCCUGCUUCAUGAUCACGAAGCAUGGUCCAGCAGCAGCAGCAGUCCUGUCCAGUAUUUGAAAAGCCACGCCAGGUCUAGUCCCAUACUCCAUCACAAAAUGUCAGAAACACUGGACAGACAAGGAACGUGGAGAAUUAAGACCAACUCUCCUGGGAGUGAAGUGGUUAGUCUGCAGCAGUUUUUGGAAGAAAGCAAUAAGGUUAUUUCAACAGAGAUCAAGUCCUCAAGCCAAGAGAAUCUUCUGGAUGAAGUAAUGAAAAUUUUCUCAGAAAAUGCUGAAUUAGCAGGAAGAGAAAAACUAAGGAAACAGUCAGGAGUCAGCAGUGGUAUUGCUAGAUCACAGAGUGUGAAAAACACAUCUGAAUUCUCCGAUGGAAAGUUAGCUAAGCAAGACCACAUUGCAAGGUCUAGUACACAUAGAAUGGAAGAUCCCAGUUUCUUGAACUCUUCAAAAACACUUACAGCAGGGACUAAAAGCAAGACCAGGUCUGUUAAGGAAAACUCACAAAUGAGCCUAUCACAACGACAAUCAAAAGAUUGUAACCCUUAUGCUACUUUACCUCGUGCAAGCAGUGUGAUUUCUACAGCUGAAGGAACUACUCGGAGGACAAGUAUCCAUGACUUUUUAUCUAAAGACCCUAGACAACCAAUAUCAAUCGACCCAUCUCCACCUACAGUUGACAGAAGUGUCCCAUCAGCUUCUAAUGUGGAAACUAAACCAGAAAGCAGAAAUUCAAAAAACAGGUCUAGGGAGCAACAAAGCUCCUAAUUCUAUUACCCCCACUACAUGAGAUGUGGGCCAAGUGAGAGAAAAGUGUCCUUCAGUAUCCUUCAGCCUUUAUUUCUGAAGUAACAAGGCAUCCGACUAUAGGAAUCACGUUAAAAAAAAAGUUGAGGAAAGUUUUUACAGUCCUACGUGAGUAGAGCAGUCAAGAAAUACAAAUCUUCUUUCCUUGAAUCAAGGAACUGUACUAGCAUCUCCUGCUGAAUUUUUUUAAAAGAUGGAAUUUAUUGCACAUUCAUUGCACUGUUAAGAUCUACUGAAAAGGGACAAUUUUCAUCUCUCUAAGGACCAAGGGCUGUGUGGUCUCAAGAAUUACUCCAGGAAUUCAAUUACUUCUUUCUUUAUGAAGUUACUGCUUUAUGGAGUUAGUCGCCAAUUGCUUAUUGCUUCUGCCGUAAUUAGCAAUAUUUAGUUCUGUAAAUCUGAAGGGGGAAAGGCUGUAGUAUAUUGUGGAAUUUGUUGUAAAUAUAGGGUUUGUUUGUUUGUUUUUUUAAAAGCCCCACAAGCUCAUUGGCACUUUACAGCCUUGCUGCAUAAUUUGCAUGACUGCUAUUCUUCAAAGAAGAUUAAGCUGUUUAUUUUGGUGCAUAUGGCAAAAAGAAACCGUUUACAUACCUGAAAAUUCAACUUAACACCUUAAUCAACUUUCUAUAGAAAUUAAUUGUUUAUAAGUGUUUCCAACACACAUUAUAUUACAUUACCAUAUUCCAGUUUUUCUGUCAGUAAAUUGACUGAAGAAAUAUUUCUGAAAUUUCCCUCCUCAUUUUUUCCUUCACUACCAAACAGUAUUUCCAGGAUAAAGCUCUAUUACAUUAAAUAUUUAGUAUUUUUACUUGUUUUUUAUUUGUGAUUUUGCUAUGAGCUGAUUAUGGCUUAGAAGAAGCUUUAUAGGAAUAUAAUAAUGAUCUGCAUUCUGUAAGGCAUUCCUUUUAUUAGGUUUCUUACUAAUAAGUUGUUCUGCUUUGUUUUUCAUAAUUUUAUUUGAAUUAAGUUUGAUGUUGUUGGUACUUUUAAAAUAUUUGUAUACAUUUUUUGUCUUAAAAACUCUUGCAAAGAGCACAAGAAAAUAGAUUUGGUUAAUCCUGGGGAAAGUUCAUGAAGUUAUCACUGUAUGCUGGUUUAUAUUAAAUUUCAAAGUUUUAUUUUCUUACAAGCCAGUAAGUGUGUUGAUAUUUCCAUGACAUGUAUCAAACAUAACCUUUUAACCUCUUAGGGAUCAACCCUGCUAAUGUUUAUGCAUGUUAGAGAAUAUUUAACCCUCCUUCCUUUCACUUUCUUAGUUAACUUUCUUACAUAACUUAGAGCUGCCGUGUGUGUAAAUUCUUAAUGAAUAGGGACCAUUUCACAAAGCAUACAAAACAUUUAACACCAUCAACAAACAUCUAUUUUACAUCAAUAAUAUGAUUAUUAGAAUAGAUCCUGGCGCCCUUAUUGCUGCACAAGGUACAUUCCUGUAUAACUAGCCAUAUAAAGGGUUAGUAGCCUUUGCCUUUGCUCACCCUCAUAGGCAAGGCUACUCAUAACCAGAGCAUGUAGAGGGUCUGGUCAGCUGUGGCCCAGAGGCUUCAACAAUUUGAUUGUACCUACACUUUGUCCUUUAUGCAGUUGACUGUGGCCAUAAUUUGAUAACUUCUGAAUCCAUAAGCUUUCAAACAACCAGAUAUAUGCUUAAUGUAAUUAACUUGCCAGAAUAAAAAUUAAGCACAUGAGGACUGCAGUGAUUGUUUUUUCCCUUUGAGAUCAGAGCGGAGCAAAUUUGUAUUAGACCCAUGAAGAUCACAGGAACAUUGCUUUAUAGCUUGUUAGAGAAAGAGUGCAGGCUCAUUAUGGCUAUGACCUUAAUUGAGCUAUGCAUAUGAGGCAGGAGAAAUAUAUUGCAGCACUUCCUGUUGUAUCGGACUAGAGUGGGCUCUAGCUGACAUCAGUUAUUUCCAGGUCAGCAGAGACAUGUAUCAUGAUCACGGUAGAAUUGACUGCAUUGUCAUAAAAGUAUAUUUAAAAGAAUAGAUUGACCAUUCAUAUUUAUUUAGAAAGCAUUUUCAAGGAAUUUUCCGAGCACCGGAUCCUUAGAGUUUCUGAGCAUUCUCCUUUUGCAGGAGAAUCUUAUGGAAACAGAGAGCAGCAAGCCCAUGAUAAUGUCAAUAAAAAGAGCUACCAUUCAUUCAUAUGUAUCCAAAUGCUACAGCCUCAAGCAGCACCAACAACUAGUUAAGUCUUGACAGUAUGUUUAGUCAGAAAUCGUUCUCCAUUACAAACUAAGGUUGCAAACUUAGGUGGCUUUAAAACAUUAUACUGAGACAUGUAGUGGAUGCUCAUUACUUGCUUCACAGAUUUUUCCGUCUCCUCUUAUAUCGCCACAAAACUUUCUAAAUAUGUGAGUAGUUUGGAGAGAUCAGUGGUUUCCCAUCAAAAGCUAGUCAUCCGAAACUAGUUGACACUGCAUGGGUCUAAUUCUGUUGCUUUGACAGAGCUUUGGGGAACAAUCAUGCACUUUUCAUGCAUUGCCAACCCUCUGAUUGACCAUACCUAUUUUCUUAAAAUUUGCACCUUUUAAAGCUUUGCACUUGUUUUAUUUACCUGUGUGUAUGGCUUAAGAUUUCAUAGGCAUGUUACCUUUUUACAAGAAUUUCUUGAGUAGGCCUUCUGAAACCAGUGAAAUUAGUGCAAGAACUUUAUUUGCCUCGAACUUUCACAGGAAAAGUUGAUGGUACAUUGUGUAAUGUGCCUAUUUUGGCCACAGGCAGAAUUAAGCACUACAUGUAGAUCACUGUAGCCUAGUACAAAGUUUUUUUUAAAAAUGCAAUAUUCCCUUUACAAAAAACAAAAAAUCUUUAGUCUUUGUAGGAAGAAGCUUAUGGGCUGUAAGUAAUUUCUUUCUAUAGUUCCUUCUCAACAAACUCAGUCAUCUUUUCCAUAUAAAGCCAAAUGCUGUUCUUAUAACAGUUUCAUGGAAAGCAGAACCUGGAUCUUGUGCAGGAUGUACAUCCCUGUGUAUUUUUAAUUUCCCCUUCCAGAGCACAUUGAGGAAUAUAAUCUGGCAUCCCUGACUACUCUAAGCUUCACCUUUCUAAAUGAGUGAGAAAAAAUUAAAUUUAUGUAAUCGCUUUCAUCUGAAUUUUCAUGUGUCAACAACAGUUUAUAAAAUAUAAACUAUUUUUAAAAGCAGUUUAUAAAAUCUGAGACAGUGUCAGAAAAAUGUGCCAUCCGUUUGUAAAACCAGCAUCUUUGAAACUAAAGGGCUUUUUUCACUGCACACAAAAAUAUUCAACAGCUAUAAAGAGGAAGCUGGAAAUCAGUUUGUAACACAAUGAACCAUUUAAUUUCCCCUCUGCUGCUAAGGCUAUUGUCGCCUUUUCCAGACUGCAUUAUUUCUUAAAAUGUUUUUGUGUUUGGAGAGACUGUGCAGCUCCAACAGUGGGGCCAAUGUAUGUAAACUCUAUUGUGUGUGUAGCGCAAACAAUUGUUAAGAACAGAACUGCCUUAAUAGGGGAGCGUCUGGGUGAGACACAAACUGUUUAAACGUUGUUUUACAGAGGGUCUUAUUUAAAGCUGUAGUUUUCCUUUCUUAUACCUGUUAAGGAGUUUUGUAAUGUUCGCCAUUGUACACUACUUAAUUAUGUUAUUAAAAUUCCAA